AUGUUCGUUGUUGUUAUUUUCGCAGUUUUUCUUCCCGUCGUGCUUUCCCAAGGAGGAGGAAUGGCAGAACUGAAAUCCAUAACUGGAGAUGAGCAAUAUACUGGCCAAGGCAAUCCAAAUGCUCCAAUUCCACGACCAAUGGGUUUCUGGGGACGACCGAGAUUCUCUCCAGUAGGAUACACAGGAGCUUACAUGGGUAACCCUUGCUACACUGGCGGGUAUGGAGCCGCUUACGGUGGAUACCUUUGUAAUGGAUUGGGAGCCCCUACGGUUUGGGAGGAUGGACGAGUUCCUUUCGGUGAUCCACUCGCUAACGCCAUCUCGGGUGUUGCUGAUCCGUUGUCCCAGCCCUCUCGCCUUUCUGCCGUCCAUUCUUCUCUCUUUGAACCGUCGCCUUUUGAAAACACCUUCCCUUCCAGAAACCCUGGCGCUUUUGGCACCUCCACUGGAAAAAUUAACACAUUCUCAUCUCUUAGCCCAUCUGGAUUAUCCGGUUCAGUACCACUUUCUCAAGCUACAGGCGGCGGAUUCUACACGGGAAAAGGGAACGAUUUCGUUGGGCGCUAA